AUGCAUCACAUACCCAUCUCGUCCAACACAUUCUCACCGUCGCGUUUAGUAUGUUCUUCUGCGGGUGUUCAACGAGCCCUUGCCGUAAAUAUUGUGGAGCUUAUGGGCAACCAGGAGAGCAUUAAGGCCCAAUGGGAAAGGGCAGCAAAGCGGAACAACUGUAGGAGGGAUGCUCGCGAUUCCAUUGUCGUUGUGUUCGGCAAGGAACCUAUGGAGACGUUGGCGACAACAGGAUCAAAAACAGAUGCGUGUGGUGUUGUUAUGCAGUUUCUAGCAUCAUCAACGACCUUUAUGAGCAGCCUGCGCGGUACCGGGUUAGGUGCGAGACCGUGUUUGCGUAAUGGUGUACGCGUUGAGCCGAAAAUCGAGGGGCAAGGGGACACAAGGGAAAAGGACACCGUAAGAGCUGACGGCAUCGUGGCGGCGUGGUUGCUGUUGGAUGUGGUUGUCUUGGGUGCCGAAUUUAAGCAUGCGAUGCCGGUGCUUUAUGUACAGCUAGCGUGGGACGAUCUUCCAAAGGUGGACUGCGUUUCUGCGUAUCGCAGCGCGUUGCAGGUUACACGUGUCGCUUUACUGUUCAUGCCAGAGCCAUUUCAGACAAGGAUUCAUGUUGACUUCACCGGUGUUCUCAGUCCUGAACAUAAUGUGCCUGGAUUAGAGAGCGUGCGCAUGGUUUGGUCUGGGCUUGUGGGCUCUCUCCUUCUGACGGCGGCUGUAGCACCGAAAGAGGCGGUUGUGCCACCGUUUCAUCCAGCUGGGGACGACGACCGUCGUGUCCAGAGCACGGGGGAAAACGUGGUCGACCAACUUAAGCCGGGGCACAACCACUGUGGUGUGGGUGAAACUUUCUGUAAGGAGGAGUGUGUGCGACAACAGGGAUGGGCAUGCUCGGACGGUGACCGUAAUGCGGUUGUCAGCGAUUGGUUAUCGAUGUUGCUGAAGGGGAACGAGGAGACAACAGCUGCAUUUGGCCGUGCUGUGCAAAGAAAGAAUGGUACUAGGUCAGUGCCUACCGUAUCACUUCACCCUGCUUCGCUCGGCGCUGCUGCUACCAGUGACACCCAUGAUAAUCUGGGGCGCGGUGUGGGCGUUAAUGGAUUCGGUGGUGAUUGCGAUGAUAAACCUGUUGUGAAGCGAGAGGCGUGCUUUCUUCCUUCAAACACUGCUAAGGAAGAAAUCCACGAGGUACAACCGCUACAGCUGAAAACCGAGUCUGAUGAGGAGGUCAUAGCUGAAUGGGUACCUAAUGGCACCAUCAACCGGUCUUCGGUAGGCGACCCAUUCCCGCAAGUGCCUGUGAUAACGGAUGGUGCUGCUUGCUUAUUUCUUGAAACUCCGAGUAACUCUCACCUUUUUCCAAUUAGUGACGACAUAGCACUACGACAGUUGUGCGUGUCGUGGACGGCGCUGUCGACCGAGCGGAGAGACAGGCAGCGCCUCAUCGUUGUGGUUGCCGACGGCGACCACCGCUUCUCAGAGGUCCUGAGGUCGUGGGUUAGGACUGCAUGGAACGAAAAUGCUUUCAUACUACCGAUAUUCGCUGUAGGUGACACCAGUUUCUGUCGUAGAGUUGACAAAGAAUUGGCUUCUAUCUCAGCGUGUGUGAACUCAUUGACGGAUACUUCGCGGGAUAUCCACCACUUUGUGCGAAUUCUUGCUUUUGCUGUGCAAUAUUUCCGAAUAGACGUUAAGAGUAGUGGGUGUUUGUCGCGAACAGCAGCUUUUUCGGAGGCGGCUAAUCAUGUGGGUGUUCACGCUGCAGGCGACUACAAUUGUGUCAAGGAGUGGGUCGAUAAAUUUAAUGAAACUGUUGAUUCGCUGACCCCUUCUGACCGUGCCAACUUUGACGUGGAAAGGGAACGUGAUCGCCUUUUUGAUGAGUUGUGCGGGACUAGUAUGUUAGCGCGAGAUUUGCGUAGCCAAGCAUGCCGACCAGAAAUGUUGAUGAAGCAUGUGGGAACUAUGCGCGUGGGCAUUGCCCGUCCUACUAUUUGCGACGAUGUUUCACUAUCUUCAACGUAUCCACCGAGGUUCAAUCCGGAUGCACGACCGAAGUUGUUUGGGUCACUCUCUCCAGCACAACGACUCCGGAUAUACGAAUUCAUGUCAGCUUUUUUUACCAAGAAUGUUUUCAACGCGUCUGUCGACGCGGUGCGGUCAGCAGCAGAAGGUUACUUUUCCGACUGUCACUUCCAGAUACUUGGGUACGGACGCUUUGCGUUGGCGUGCUCUGUGCGCCGUCACUUAUACGUUAUGGUGCAUAUGAACUUACAGCCGUUGUUGAACGAGGAUGUCAAAAUUGGUGCCGGCGACCCGCACUGGUCAAGCGUGUUUCAGCACCUAUCCUGCACUUGUAAGCCGAGGGCACACGAGCGAAUUUUAAAGACGGAAACCGGGCAGAAGCGGUGUCGGCACUUGGCGCAGUCAGUGUAUUGGCUGCUUCAGGACAUAGCUGAUGACCCCCACUACGCGUUGAGAAUGCCUGUGGGGGCUGUGAGAGGCGCUGACUGUCACUCACGCGGCGUCGCACACUGCCAUUUCACCUUCAACUCUUCUUUGUGUUCGAAGAACAUGAGGGAGGACAUACCGAAACCGUUGGGACCACCGAGAAAAAGGCAUCACUUUGAGCGAAACGGCGACAUUUCCAUAACGCAACUUUCCGCACUGACGGAGGAAUCAGACCAAUUUGAUGUAACGGUUCUGGAGUUGGCCACGAACAGCCGCCUAGCCAGUUGGUUAGGUGUGGGCUCGUAA